UCCACCAGCAGAGCAGAGCAGAGAGCAUGGCGGCGGUGAAGGUGUUCGGGUCGGCGGCGUUCACGAACGUGACGCGGGUGCUGGUGUGCCUGGAGGAGGUCGGCGCCGAGUACGAGAUCGUCCAGGUCGACUUCCAUGCCAGGGAGCACAAGGGCUCCGGCCACCUCGCCAGAAACCCGUUCGGACAGGUCCCGGCGUUCCAGGACGGCGAUCUCGUGCUCUUCCAGUCCCGUGCGAUCUCACGCUACGUGCUCCGCAAGCACAAGACCGACGAGGUCAACCUGUUGAGGGAAGGCGACCCCGAGGAGUCGGCCCUCGUCGACGUCUGGAUGGACGUGGAGGCGCUCAACUUCGACACCGCCAUGCACGCGGUGUUCUACCAGCACCGCGUGGCCCCGGCGCUGGGCCGGACCGCCGACGAGAAGAUCAUCGGCGACAACAUCGAGAAGCUGAAGAAGGUGCUGGACGUGUACGAGGCCCGGCUGACCAAGCACAGGUACCUGGCCGGGGAUUUCCUGAGCCUGGCGGAUCUUAGUCACUUCCCGGAGACGCAUUACUUCAUGGGGAUGCCCUACGCGGCGGUGUUGGACGCGUACCCUCGUGUUAGGGCCUGGCUGAAGGAGCUGUUUGCUAGGCCUGCCGUCAAGAAGGUCAUCUCGCUCAUGGCCAAGGACUUCCAGUGAUCAUGGCAGACGAAGCUAGUCAUUUGAGUAUGUAGCAACAAUACCUCUUCAUAAAUUAGGAACAUAGUACAGCAGAAAAUCUGGAUGCUCGUCAUUGCAAGUCCCAAGUGACAGUCUCGCGGCAGUGAGAAGUAAAAUACGGUGUUGCUCAACAUGUUUUGUAUCCGCUUGUUAUAUUUUUAUAAGUUAAUAAAC